AUGUUGCCUGAGCAGGCCAGAGGGCCUUGUACGUCCAGAACACAACAAGAGCCAAUUCUUCGCAUCCAAAACCAUCCAUACGCAGGACGAUCGUACCACGCCACCCGUGACCUUCCGGCACAGGGCAUCGUGAUCGAGGCAUCCACCCCGUAUACAUACACGAUCUGGAAGCAGUUCAGAAACGAAGUCUGCUCGGAAUGUUGGAGGUACGAGGGCGGGAGAAGAGGUUUCCUAACGAGGAAGGAUGACGAAGACUAUCCGGAAAGUAGAGAGGCCAGCCGGGAGGGAACGCUAAGACUACAAGAAAAGGCGAGUGUAGGAGCUGGACUCUGGUUCUGUGACGGUCUUUGCCAAAAACAAUGGUUGGAGAGAGAAGGCUUAUUUAUGGUUCAAUUGCUGAAGACCUUGGAGGAUGCGCGCCAAAAGAAGGACAAGGGUGUACGGGACGUCGAAAUUCAACCAAAGGACAUCGAGAUUACUACAGAAACGAUAGAGCGCAUGUGGGGUGCGAUCCGCCAGAAGGAGGCUUCACCAAAGGAGGUCAGGAAAUGGAGAGACAUCCAACUAGACAACUUCGAGACAGAUAUAGCCAGAUACGUAUUACUUGCUCUCGUCCAUAUGCACCGCGAACGACAUCAAUCGUCACAGACGUAUGCGCAGGUGCAGAAAGCCACCAAGGUUGGCACAGAUAGCGUGGAUGAAGCGCCAAAAGACAGGAAAGACAUGAGAGAGUUCGGUGAGGCGACAUGGGACGAUUUUGCGUCUCUACAGCCGAAUGAGCUUCAGCAUUUGGGAGCAUACCCCGAGCUAUUGGAUAACCAGACCAGGGUGUAUCAGGUCCUCAAGGGGAGAUUUGGUGACGAACGGGCGACAAAUCAAAGUUCGACUGUGCCGACGAUAAGGAACGGCGGAGAAGAAAUGGCGCGAGAUGGGAAUGCGAGGAUAAUAGAGCACAAGAGCGGAGGAUUGCGCAUUCGGCAGGAGAACAUUGCCCAGCUUCCGGACUUGGGAAGAGUCAUCACUAUAGAAAACGUCCGUACAGCACUGAGCGUCGACCCAGGGAACUCUUUCGGGAUAUGGGAGGUGCCAUUGACCGACGAGAGCGAAUGUCUUGGUUUCGCGGUGUAUCCCAAGCUCUCGUUCUUCAACCAUCGUGAGUUCCAGAAGCUUGUCAAGUGUGGUCGGGCGCCGCGACGGGGUUUCGAGACUGCACUAAUGUGGGAGCAGAACAGGGACACUGACCACACCUUCUAUUUGCAGAUUGUUUGCCCAACGUUAGCAAGGUGCGUGACGGACGCGCAUUGCGAUUUGUGA